AUGUCAGAUGAUUCUAAAGAAGCUAUUUUUUUCGGGCUGCAGAAACUCCUCUCCCUAGGAGCACAGCCGGCACUGCCAGAGAACUGGUUGGAUAACUCAGCGGGUCUGUGCGAUCAGAGACACGAGCUGAAUGGAUAUUGCAGCAGAAGGCUCUGGGGAAGGGGUAAGAAGAGCCAGCAGCUUCCCGGCAUCAGCUUGGCUGUGGGCAGGAGGAAGGUAGAUGGGGGUCCAGCCCUGCUGGUAUCAGGGCCAGCUUUGAUGAUAAAGCAGAGGGGUCUGGAGCAGAGCGGCAGCUACUUGUGGAGGAGGGAUGGGAGAGGGAGGAUGAGCUUGGACAUCGUGGGAGUGAGGGCUGCAGCCUCUCUGAUGCCUAUCUCACCGCAUGGCUCAGCAGCAUCCUGGUCUCCAAAUAACCAAGGAGGCCAAGAUGAGCGUUUCAUUUGUAAAGCAAACGAGCCAAGCGUGGGGCUGGGCUCAGCCCGGGGGUGGCUGAUCGCGCUGCGGGGGAUGCCCUCCAUCCGCCAGACGCUGCAGGAGAUGGGCAUGAAGGUGUCCGACGUCUUCCCCGAGCUGAGGCAGAGCAGGCGCAGCGGGGUGGUCGCCCCCCGAAACGGGACAGCCCCCACCCUCCUCACUAACUACCUGGAUACCCAGUAUUUUGGCGAGAUCAGCAUCGGUACCCCCGCGCAGACCUUCAAGGUGGUCUUUGACACGGGCUCGGCCAACCUGUGGGUGCCAUCCUACAAGUGCUCCCCCCUUUACAGUGCCUGCGUUUCCCACAGCCGCUACGACUCCUCCAAGUCUCGGACGUACGUAGCCAACGGCACGGGCUUCGCCAUCCGCUACGGGACGGGGAGCGUCAAAGGCUUCCUCAGCCAGGACAUCGUCAUGGUGUCAGACAUCCCCAUCAUCCAGGUCUUUGCCGAGGCGACAGCGCUGCCUGCCUUCCCCUUCAUCUUUGCCAGGUUUGAUGGGGUGCUGGGGAUGGGCUACCCCAGCCAGGCCAUCGACGGCAUCACCCCUGUCUUCGACCGGAUCCUCUCCCAGCAGAUCCUCAAGGAGGACGUCUUCUCUGUCUACUACAGCCGAGCUUCGAAGAACAUGCCUCUCAAACCUGGGGGGGAAAUAAUCUUCGGGGGCAGCGACCCAGCCUACUACACCGGGGACUUCCACUACCUGAACGUCAGCAAGAGCGGCUACUGGCAGAUCAGCAUGAAGGGGGUGUCCGUAGGGGCUGAAAUCCUGUUCUGCAAGGAAGGCUGUUCAGUGGCCAUCGACACAGGAGCAUCCUACAUCACCGGCCCAGCCGGCCCCAUCUCCGUGCUGAUGAAAGCCAUCGGGGCAGCAGAAAUGGCCGAAGGAGAGUAUGUGGUGGACUGUAACCAAGUCCCUCAGCUGCCCAACAUCUCCUUCCACCUGGGCGGGAAGGCCUACAUGCUCAGUGGCUCAGCCUACAUCCUUCGGCAAUCCCAGUACGGGGAGGAUAUCUGCGUGGUGGCUUUCUCAGGGCUGGACAUCCCACCCCCGGCUGGUCCCCUCUGGAUCCUGGGCGCCAGCUUCAUCGGGCACUAUUACACCAAAUUCGACCGGCGCAACAACCGCAUCGGCUUUGCCACAGCCCGCUGAUGGCUGAGGGGGGAGCUGGGGAGAGGGAUGAGGGAGCCAGCCUGGAGGCAAAGAUACCACCAAGAAGAAAUGGUUUGAAGUGCAAACGAAAGCCGAAUUUCCUUACAGCUCAGCCACCUCCUCUCUUUACCGAAGCAACUGCAAAACCUCACCUUCUCCCACUCCAAAACCCCCGCUCUGCUUCCCGAGAGUCUCUGCUGCUGGGGAGAACUGAGCCUUCAACGCGCCUUCUGGAAGAGCGUGUUCAGUUUGGAAAUCAAAGCGGGAUCCUAUGUCCGGAGGGAGCUGCACCUCCAGCGACUUUCAGGGUGAUGUGCACUAGUACAACUGGCAUGCAGCGAGCUGCUGCUGGCGUGGAGGUGCUCGCAGGUUGCAGACAGACGGAGGAGGGAUGAUCUGUUACGCUUCGUGCUAUUCUUUAAAUGGGAGAAAAAUAAUCUGGCUGUGUUUGAAGAUAGUUGUAGCUGGUGUUAACUCUACCCCUCUUCAUGAUUUUAAUAUUAAACAGUC